AUGCAGCGCGUUGACACGAUUUGCUCCCACGUGGGGCAUCGGCGCUAUUGCCACUUGGAGCACUCCGGCGACGCCGCCGUGCUGAUCCUUCACCAGGGGCUCCACAACGCCCUCACGGUGCACAUGCGGGCAGCCAUACAACACUACUUUCGUGCGGCGGAGGCCGACCCCGCGGUUCACCGUAUUAUUAUUACCGGCGAGGGGAACGACUUCUCCUGCGGAGUUGACAUCACGGACUUCAAGGCUUCGGCGUCGGAGAUGAAGUACGACGGCGGCGUCGUUCCAAGCCUCGCCACACUAGCAAACCUGGUGGAGGGCAGUUCAAAGGUUGUGGUGGCGGCUAUUAACGGCCGCGCCUACUCUGGGGGGCUGGAGCUGGCACUCGCGGCGCACUACCGCGUCGCCUUGCCUUCGGCGGAGUUUUCCUUUCCGGAGGUGGAGUUCGGCAUUGUGCCCUGCGGCGGGGGAACGCAGCGACUGCCACGUCUCAUUGGUGUUCGGGCCGCGCUCGCCAUGAUCACCGCGUCCAUGGAGGUGGGUGCCAGGAAGGCACGGGAAAUAGGACUCGUGGACCACGUGACGACGUGUGCCACGAAGCACGGCAAGAAGGGAGCCGGUGGCGGUGGCGUCGCCGGCAGGCACGGGAAGCAGCUCCCUGGGAAAGGCGAGUCUCUGGUGGCCGCGGCGCUGCAAAUUUCCUCCGGCUGGAAGACUCCACGACGCUUGUCGCGUGAUAACAGAAAGCUCGGCAACGUCCUGGUUAACCGCGCCCUCUUCCUCCGGGCGAAGCGGGAGAUUCGGAAGCGUGCCCCCAAGGGCGUUCAGGCACCGAUGCGCUGCUUAGAAGCCAUCCGGGCCGCCGUAACCGCGGCCUCCUUUUCCGAGGGAUUAAAUUUGGAGCUGAAGCUCUUCUUGGAGUCCUUGGAGUCGCCUGAGGCGCGCGCCAUGCAACACCUCCUGCGUUCCUCGACCGCUGCCUUUCGCGGCGGCCUCGCCUCACUUCCGCACGGUAUAGCGGCUGAAUCAACUAUUCGCCGCUCUGCUGUUUUUGGUUGUGGCACGAUUGGCACAGGUGUCACACUGCUUAUGCUGCAGAGUCAAAUUCCGGUAACUGUGGUGGAGGCGAACGAAGAGCAUUGCCGGCGGGUUCGUUGUUUCGUGCAGGAUCGAUUGAGCCGCGAGGUGGAGGAGGGCCGCCUGACGUCCGACCUGCGUGAGCAACGUCUAUCCAUGCUGUCGGUGGUGCCCUACGACGCAGACCUUGUAAAGGCGUUACAGGGUGUAGACAUGGUGGUGGAGUGCGUCGGUGAGAAUCUGGCGUUAAAGAAGCGCGUCUUUGCCCGCUUGAGUGAUGUUUGCCCACCGCACUGCAUCAUUGCCACAAGUGCCUCCGCAAUCGGUACCGGGGAACUGGCAGAGGUGACACGACGACCUGAAAAGGUCAUUGGCAUGCACUUUAUUCCCCCCUCGCACGUUACACCCCUGCUGGAGAUUGUGCAAGGCCCUCGCACAGACCAGGUGACGAUUCUCCAGGCAAUGCGCAUGGGCCAUCUGUUUCGAAAGGCCGUCAUUCUAACGAAGGACACUGGGGCGUGCCUAACCACCCGCCUUCUAUCGGCGGGUCUUUAUCAGGCAUUCGCUAUGCUUGAGGAGGGGGCCUUCCCUGUUGAGGUGGACCGCGCGCUGCGACGCUUUGGCUUCCGCCGCGGCGUCUUCGUCCUUGAGGACCUGGCGGGACUCGACUUUACGGCGAGAAUCCGUACCACCCUGCAGCGGCAGCGGAAGUCUUCCUCCGCGGAGGCGGACGUGUACACAAUACCGCGCUUGUUGGUGGACGCGGGUCGGCUUGGGGAAAAAAGAGGGCUUGGCUGGUACAACUACGAGGAGACCUCGCUGGUCGGCUCUGUCCUCUCCACACUGCGCGGGGCGAGGCGCGUGGAGGAUGAAAAGGGGGUGGCUGCAUUGGGGGUGUGGCACAAGGGCGGCGCCCCGCUUGAGCGCAUACCACGCCCUGACCGGGCGGUGGAAUUAUUAAUUCUUGACGUCUGUAUGAAAAAAGAUAUUUUGCGCCGGGACAUUAGUGAUAAGGAAAUCGUGGAGCGUAUCGUAUUUUCCAUCAUCAAUGAGGCCGCCAAAAUUCUUGGCGAGGGCGCUGUUGCAAGCUCCGCGGAUGUGGACGUGGCAAUGACCUUCGGAUACGGCUUUCCCGCGUGGAAGGGCGGUGUUUGCCAUUAUGCCGACAAGUUUGGUUUGGCGAACGUCGUGCACCGUAUGCGCAUCUACAAUCGCGCCUUUGGCGAUGCCGUCUUUCCGCUGCCUUGCGACGUGUUGGUUGCCAUGGUGGCCUCGCAGCAGAACUUCUGUUCCAUGUGGAAGUAG